CGCCCCGAGCCGUGUGCCUGCUUCCCCGCAGGGUGUCUUUUAUGAAUAAUCAAAAGCCGCAGAAGCCGACGCUAUCGGGGCAGCGGUUCAAAACUAGGAAAAGAGAUGAAAAAGAGAGGUUUGACCCUACUCAGUUCCAAGACUGUAUUAUUCAAGGUUUAACUGAAACUGGCACUGACUUGGAGGCAGUAGCAAAGUUUCUUGAUGCUUCUGGUGCAAAACUUGACUAUCGCCGCUAUGCAGAAACACUUUUUGACAUCCUGGUGGCUGGUGGGAUGCUGGCCCCAGGUGGUACCUUGGCCGAUGACAUGACACGCACAAACGUCUGUGUGUUUGCAGCACAGGAAGACCUAGAAACCAUGCAAGCAUUUGCUCAGGUUUUUAACAAGCUAAUCAGGCGUUACAAGUACCUGGAGAAAGGCUUUGAAGAUGAAGUCAAAAAGUUGCUGCUGUUCUUGAAAGGAUUCUCAGAGUCUGAGCGUAACAAGCUGGCCAUGCUGACGGGUAUUCUGCUAGCCAACGGGACACUGAACGCCUCGAUUCUCAACAGUCUUUACAAUGAGAACUUGGUUAAAGAAGGUGUUUCUGCAGCUUUUGCAGUCAAGCUGUUCAAGUCUUGGAUAAAUGAGAAAGAUAUUAAUGCAGUGGCUGUCAGUCUUCGUAAAGUAAACAUGGAUAACAGGCUGAUGGAACUCUUCCCAGCCAACAAGCAGAGCGUUGAACACUUCUCCAAGUAUUUCACUGAGGCGGGGCUCAAAGAACUUUCCGAGUACGUUCGGAACCAGCAGAGCAUCGGCGCGCGGAAGGAGCUGCAGAAGGAGCUGCAAGAGCAGAUGUCACGGGGAGAUCCGUUCAAGGACAUAAUCUUGUACGUGAAGGAGGAAAUGAAGAAGAACAACAUCUCAGAACAGACUGUGGUAGCCAUCAUCUGGUCAAGCGUAAUGAGCACCGUGGAGUGGAACAAAAAGGAGGAGCUGGUGGCAGAGCAAGCCAUUAAGCACUUGAAGCAAUACAGCCCUCUGCUCGCUGCCUUCACCACCCAAGGGCAGUCCGAGCUGACGCUUCUGUUGAAGAUUCAGGAGUACUGUUAUGACAACAUUCACUUCAUGAAGGCCUUCCAGAAAAUAGUGGUGCUCUUCUAUAAAGCUGAAGUUCUGAGCGAGGAGCCCAUCCUGAAGUGGUACAAA